AUGAAAAUCCGGUCGGUGAAGCUCCGAGAAGCCCACAAAGCCGCCAGCAAUGGCAAACCUUCUUUCUGCUCCAUCCUCUGGGAUCAACAAGCCUACCAUAUUGUUACUGCUUCCUCUUCCGAAUCCGCCAUAUCCAUCCACGAUUCUCUUCUUCCUUCAUCUACUCCGAAAAUCAUUCACCAUCAUCGUGAAGGGGUCACUGCGCUGGCUCUUAGCCCUAAUUCUACGUGUCUUGCUUCUGGAUCCAUGGAUCGAUCCGUCAAACUCUACAAGUUUCCCGGUGGAGAAUUUGAGACCAAUAUCACAAGAUUUACGCUGCCAAUACGCAUCCUUGGGUUUAAUAAAUCCGGAAGCCUCUUGGCAGCUGCUGGAGAUGAUGACGGCAUUAAGCUAAUUAACACAGUCGAUGGUUCAAUUGCGAGAGUUUUGAAAGGACAUAAAGGAGCCGUUACUGGGCUGGCGUUUGACCCCAAUAGUGAAUACUUGGCAUCUGUGGAUUCAAAUGGAACUGUAAUUUUAUGGGAACUUCAAUCUGGAAGCAUAAUACAUAACCUCAAAGGGAUAGCUCCACACACAGGUUCAGAUCCUUCCGUUAUGAAUGUUUUAAGCUGGAGUCCUGACGGAGAGACGUUAGCAGUCCCAGGUUUAAGAAAUGAUGUUGUGAUGUAUGACAGAGAUACUGCUGAAAAGCUGUUUUCAUUGAGGGGAGAUCACACUCAGCCGAUUUGUUCCCUGUCGUGGUCACCAAAUGGCAAAUACAUGGCUACUUCUUCCUUGGAUAGGCAAAUUCUGAUAUGGGAUGUUGAUCAGAAGCUGGAUAUUGAUAGACAAAAAUUUGAUGAAAGAAUAUGUUGCAUGGCUUGGAAGCCAAUUGGCAAUGCCUUGGCUGUUAUUGAUGUCAUGGGUAAGUAUGGUGUUUGGGAAUCAGUUGUUCCAUCUUCUAUGAAACCUCCAACUGAAGACAUCCCAAAAUUGCAAUCAAGGAAUAGCAACGGCUUGCUCUUGUUUGAUGAAGAGGAUGAGGAGCCUAGUGCACAUGGCAAUUCAAGCGACCUUGGAGAAGAUAGCCAUCAUGAAUCUGAAAUUCCAACUCGAAAAAGGUUGCGUAAACAUUCAACUAAUGAAGAAAUCUUGGAUGAGGCAGAUAGCGGAGAUCUUACCUUGCUCCCAAAGUUGGACUCCCGUAAAACAUCACAUCGAGUUAAAAGGGACAAACCAGCUAAUAUUGACGAGGGAACUGUAGGCAGUUCAAUAUAUAGUAGAUUGAAACAACAGGAAGCAUUUCAACCAGGAGCAACUCCCUUGCAGCCAGGAAAGAAACGAUUUCUGUGUUACAAUAUGCUUGGAAGUAUAACAACAUUUGAACAUGAUGGGUACUCCCACAUAGAGAUAGAUUUUCAUGACACUGGAAGUGGCCCAAGAGUUCCUUCAAUGAAUGACCAUUUUGGUUUUACAAUGGCUGCACUGGAUGAGAAUGGUAGCGUCUUUGCAAACCCUCGUAAGGGUGAGAAGAAUAUGAGCACUCUAAUGUAUCGCCCGUUUGGUAGCUGGGCAAAUAACAGCGAGUGGUCUAUGAGAUUUGACGGAGAAGAAGUUAAGGUUGUUGCAAUUGGUAGCAGAUGGGUGGCUGCAUUUACUAGUCUUAAUUAUCUUCGCAUAUUCACAGACGGUGGUCUACAGAAACAUAUUCUUUCCCUUGAUGGGCCAGUCGUGACCGCAUCUGGCUUCAAGGAUGAACUUGCAUUUGUGACUCAUUCUUCAACCUGUCUUCCCUCAAACGACCAGAUGCUAGAGUUCAGAAUAUUAAAUAUCUCUAAUGGAACACAGCUCUUAAGAGGAUGUUUGCCAUUAACUCCAGGCUCACAUCUCACAUGGUUUGGGUAUAGUGAAGAAGGAAAAUUGAGUUCAUACGAUUCUAAGGGUGUACUCAGAGUGUUUACAAGUCAAUAUGGUGGCAGCUGGGUACCAUUAUUCAGUGCCAAUAAAGAGAGAAAGUCGGAUGAAAACUAUUGGGUGGCUGGGUUGAACGCUAACAAGUUGUUUUGUGUGAUAUGCAGAAGUCCUGAGUCAUACCCACAGGUGACACCUAAACCUGUUCUUACUCUGCUAAACCUUUCGUUUCCUCUUGCUCUCUCUGACCUGGGCGCAGAAGCACUCGAGAAUGAGUUCAUGAUGAAUGAUAUGCAUCUCAAACAGAUCCAUGGCAGAAUGGAAGAAAUGGCAUUACUUGGAUUGUACGACACUGAACUGGAUGAUGAGGCAUUCAGUAUUGAAGCUGCUCAAGACAGAUGCAUCUUAAGGCUCAUUGCUUCCUGCUGCAACGGUGAUAAGCUUGUCAGGGCUACCGAACUCGUAAAACUUUUGUCGCUGGAGAAAUCAGUUAAGGGUGCAAUUAAGCUAGUUACUGCUUUGAAACUUCCUAACUUAGCUGAACGUUUCAAUGCUAUACUAGAGGAAAGAUUGCUUAAUGAAACCAAAGGGACUGUAGAAACCACCCUUUCAAGACCUACCUCCAAUGGAUCUGUCUUACCUAAUGUUGCAACCAGCGAUACACUAAAUUCUGCAGUAAAAGCCAAAACUUCAGAAGUUACUGUCCCAUGCUCACUUAAAGCCCCAAUACUCUCUGCAACUUUGUUUACAAAGAAACUCAAGUCUGAAGGAGCAAAGUCCAAUUCUGGAAAACAAGAAGAUAAACAAACUUCAGGGGUAAACGAGACACCAAAAUUGCACAACACAAAUGUAGCAGAUGCGAAAAAUGCAGUGUCAUUGAUUAAGGUAGAGUCCAGCCUUGAAACCAACCAACAUUUCAAGUCAUCUAAUAAUCAGAAUGUGAAGCCAGGAGGUGUAAAUCAAGUUCCAAGUAAUCGCCCCUCGAAUCCAUUCUUGAAGUCGUCAAUCAAGUAAUUUGCCUCUAAACUAGAACCUCAUUCACAUUAUAUAUAGAGUUCGUUAGAUGGGGUUAUAUUGUUCAAUUCGAGCUGGUUGAUCUUAAACCACCGCAUUGUUGCUUUUUUGAUACUUGAAUUUGUUGUUUAGGAUCUCUAGGAAGAUUAGUUCAGUGUAAAUUAUGAGGUGGUAGGAAUUAAGAAACAAUCCUUAUGUAAUGUAAUUAUAUUAAUUUGUCUGACCUGCAACUUUUUGGUUGUGACGAAUUCGCAAGCAAUGAGAAUGUACAGUUCUAUUAUCAAUA